UUCAGCAUGGGCAAAGUAAAAUUUGGGAUAAAGAACUGUUUUCCAUUUUUCUGUUUUAGUCGGAAGAUAAUACAACUGGAAAAAAAAAUGUGCAUGGGAAACCAGUUAUUCAACAUUGAUGAUGAACGGUUGCGUGAUAUUCUAGUUGACGUGUGGGUGUGUCUGUAGCCUAUGAGAAAUCGGCUCGGCUUACUGACAUCAGAAGUGAAACAGACUUGAGACUUGAGAUCACGUGAUUUCCAGUAACCAGGUGUGGUUGGACUAUAAAAAGGACAUAUUUGUUUGUCUGCUAUCUGUCAUCAUUUGACAUCAAAGGUAAGGGUAUUUAUCUCUGGAUCUGGAUGUGACAUGAAGAAAUGGUCAGGCUGUGUAACUUUAGUUUUUAUCUACUUGCAGGCACCUUUUUCUUAAUUGUAGAGCGUAAGAUAGGUGCAUCAAUGGCAAAAUCUGCUAUGGUUUUAUCAUGAUGACCAUUUUGUUAGUAGGCUGUCUACUUUCAGCAACAUUAAGGUCAUUCCUUUACUCAAAUAGUAGGCUACGAUGAUUGACUUUCUAGGGAGCUUGCUUGAAUUACUAUUACUAUAUUACAGGUGUUUGAUUUAGGCUACUGGUGAUUUAACAUGGGGCCAGGUGAGAGUACUAGUCUUAUUCAGCUGCGUAGGGGCUUCAUGUGAAAUAUUAACACCAUCACUACAUGGCUGGAUUUUCCGAUAGUCGCCAUUUGUGAAUUUGCAGUUAGUGAAAGUUUUACGUGUUCGUUGAAGCAAAUUCAAUCAGGCUAUGUAGUCAGACGUUGGUGGAAUGGCCAACGAAGUUCAUGGGAUAAGAAUAUCAGAUAACUAGGUGUAACAUAGCAUUGAAUAGCCUAUCAUGUCAAAUUUACACAAAUUGAUGAUUUAAGCUUUAAUUAAGCCUACAUUUGCAUACAGAAAAAAAAAAUAUUUAAAAAUUUGGGGUAACGAACUGGUUUUAGUCUUAUUCAGAAGAUAGAACAAUUGAAAAAAAAAAGAAAAUUGUUGUUGGAUUCCAUUUAUUCAACAUUGGCAUGGGAUAUCAUAGGCUAUCCCAUCCCGAGUUCCGCCUAGAUGACAAGGAAGUGCUACCUGAUAUUUGUCGUGGGGUAGUUCUAUAGACUGUAGCCUAGGCCUAUAGUAAAAUACAAUACUGGACUCUGGAAAACCUUAACAUAUUUAAUCAAUUUGUGUCAAGUGUGAAUCAGAAAGGUGGUAAAUAAACUAAUACUGCUGGUUGCUACCCUUACAUCACGUCUAGACAAAAAAAAAAAAAAAACACCCGUAGGCCUACAGUGUAACUAGGAUCUCCAUGAACUAGAUCAGUUAAAUUUCCUAAUCACAAACGACUGUUUGAAAAGAAAAAAAAAACCUGAAUUUUUUUUUUAGCAUGGGCAAAGUAAAAUUUGGGAUAAAGAACUGUUUUCCAUUUUUCUGUUUUAGUCGGAAGAUCAUACAACUGGAAAAAAAAAUGUGCAUGGGAAACCAGUUAUUCAACAUUGAUGGUGAACGGUUGCGUGAUAUUCUAGUUGACGUGUGGGUGUGUCUGUAGCCUAUGAGAAAUCGGCUCGGCUUACUGACAUCAGAAGUAAGCUAGGUUUACUGACAUCAGAUGACAUCAGUCAUCCUCCUCCUACAGGUCCACCUUCCGCUUGAAGCCAUCACAAAUUAGAUUUGUAUCUUCCUUUCCAAAUCUCCGCGCUGAACAAAACUUGUGUAGGCUAUAUUAACGAUGUGCUAACCCCAUAUCGAGGCCAAAGGUUGUCUAUAGGAACUUUCUGUCUCUCCACCUGUAGGAAUUAACCUGUCUUUCCAUUUUCUAAAUCCUCUUCGAAUUACCCUCUCAAAAUAAUCUAGUGGUGACUUGAUGUAGCCUGGGGUACCGUAGAUUAGUAGUCGGAUAGCAUGCACUCCGCUGCGCAUCACACAUAACAAGAAUUGAUUUAUUAUUAAUAUAGAAUCCAAUCACCUUUAACUUCAGGGCCUUGAAGUGUCGAAUGUCAUUGAGGAUGAAGACAAUUCACUAGCUAUGGCUACAAAGCUGACCAGUCCUGACAGUAAAGAUGGGAGGAAUGAGGAGAGUGAGGCAUCAUCUCCAUACCCACAACCUGAAGAUCCAAUGCAGAUAUCAUCACUGCCCAAGGACAUGAAAGAAGAACACCGUUGGGAAACAGCUGAGGAUCCGUCCAAGAAAAAAGAAGAACCCAGAAGAACAAACAAUCAACAGGAAUUGAAAGAACUGUUUACCAGAUUGAACCUCCCAGGCAGAGAUAAUGACAAACUGUCAACUUCAGAUAUUCUUAAAAUAGACGUACGCUCAUGUCAGCCACAGGGUCCAAAGGUAGAGGGAGAAUUAGCACAGACUUUUCUUAAUCUGCUUUUUAUGACAAACUACAGGGCUAGGUACAUUCCCAUCAACGAAGAAAAUGGAUUGGCUCCAGAAAAUGUUAAAUGUAGACAAAAUGAAAAUAGGGAUGUCUUUGCUACUCUCUUUAACAAAAAAGAUAUGGUCAAUGAAGGGGUAAAAAAGCAAGCUCAGAUUCAUCCAAUGGAUGUUCAGAUGGCAGUGUUUCACUCUGCUGACCCAUUCCUCAGGCAGUCCCUACUGACAAAACUCUCAAUGUGUCAGUAUGCUCUGCCUCUGCUAGUGCCAAACCCUUUUACCUCAGAGAUUGAAUUCCCUCUGUGGGCGUUCCGUCAAGUCUGGAAAAGCUGGAAGUCAACUGAUGCUUCAGGCAUAGUGACCGUCCAUAAUGAGCCAAUGUAUGGAGCUGAAACGCCAAUGGUUUCUGUUUUCAGGCUUGGACCUGUGUCAACAUCCAAGUCUCAGCUCAUAAACUCUCUCAUCAAUGAACGACACAGCACAUUCUUCCACAGGCACUGCCCAGGCAGUAGCAGAACCCGCCUGCUGAUGGACGGUGUAGUGGAGAUUGCCUGGUACUGUCCGUCUGGUAAGGACACUGAUCACUUUCCUGAAUGCGUUGCCAUCUGUAAUCUCCAUGGUGAUGGAGAGGCCUGUAGGAUGCAACAAACUGUUUUAUCAGAAAUGGCCUCAGUUAAUGUGGCUUUCUUACCCAGCCUUAGUAAGACCGGCACAAGCAUGGCAAUUGUGGAAGAGCUCUUCAGCUCCCCUACGCCUCUGAUUUGUCUUCUCACUGAGGAUGACUCCCUCCUAGAGGAAGUUGGCGAAGGAAAAUUCAAAAUGGGAUUAAGAGACAGGAAUCAGUCAGAUAUAGUUCGAGAAUUGAAAAAGGCAAUCAAUGAGGGUUUGUCUCUGAGAAGGCAUGACAAUCUUGAAAAUCCUAGGCUUGAAAAUCUGACAAAGCAGUCUGGAAUCAAAGUGGAUGAGGAUGAUGGAGAUUGCAGAAUGGGUAAAGAAGUUGCACUGCAGAUAACGGAUUUGCUGGAGGGAAACUCAGAAGUCAAGGAAACUUUUCUGCCGUGCCAAGGAAAACUGUGGCAUGAGUGGUGCCAGAAAAACAAAGACCUUUUUCGCCCACGUGGAAACCUGGAGGAACAAAAGAGUCGGAUAAAACAGGAAAUGGGAUUAAUAAGAUCCAGGCAACAAAAGGCUGGCUGCAGCGACCUCAUGAAGUUGUUUUUGGGCGCUUUGGACUCACUCCCAUCCCUCAGUAGAACGUAUUUUUUGAAAUGGACCAGCAUCCUCAUAGACAGCUCCACAUCUGAUGAACUAGUGGCACUCCAUCAUAAAUAUAAUGAAAAAUGGUCCAAAGUUUUGGUUCUCAAGAAGAAACACGACAAAUCUCACCAGCUGAUGAAACAACAUACAGAGCUGGAGAACAUAUCUGACCAAUUGAAUGCAGCAACCUUUGGCCUGGAACACAUCCUGCGAGAGAUGGGGCAGAUAUAUGAAGCUGAUGUAUCAGUGAGUGGUGGAGGAGAUCAGUCAAAGCUCCCGGCAAUGGCAGCUGAACUCAUGAUAUCAGGGUACCCACUGGAGCUGAUGGAUGGGGAUGCUGGUCAUGUUCCAUUGAUUUGGAUAAGUGCUGUGUUGGAUGAAGUCAUAAACAAAAUUGGAAACAAGAGAAUCUUUGUCUUGUCCAUUCUGGGCAUUCAGAGCACUGGAAAAUCCACAAUGCUGAAUGCGAUGUUUGGACUACAGUUUGCUGUAAGUGCUGGGCGGUGUACCAGAGGGGCAUUCAUGCAGCUAGUUAGUGUGACCGGGGAUAUCAAGGCAAAGUUUGACUACAUUCUUGUCGUUGACACUGAAGGACUCAGAGCCCUAGAGCUUGCUGGGAAGGCAACUAUCCACCAUGACAAUGAAUUGGCCACAUUUGUCAUAGGCCUAGGACACAUGACCCUGAUCAAUAUAUUUGGGGAGAAUCCUGCUGAAAUGCAAGACAUCAUUCAAAUUGCUGUGCAGGCUUUCCUACGGAUGAAAAAAGUGAAACUGUCUCCCAGUUGUGUAUUUGUACAUCAGAAUGUUGGGGACAUCACUGCAGGAGAAAAAAACAUGGAGGGAAAGAGACGUCUGCAAGACAAACUAGAUGAGAUGACCAAGUUAGCAGCCAAAGAGGAGGACUGUGAUGCAAAGUGUUUUAGUGACGUUAUUGCUUUUGACAUACAGAAAGAUGUGAAGUAUUUUGCUCAACUCUGGGAGGGCAGUCCACCCAUGGCCCCUCCAAAUCCAUGCUACAGUGAAAAUGUUCAAGAUCUGAAGAAAACUAUUCUCAGCAAAGCCUCAAAAUCAAAAGGUAUGAAGCUCUCUGAAUUUAAGACAAGCAUCUCUGAUCUGUGGAAUGCCUUGUUGAAUGAGAACUUCGUUUUCAGUUUCAAAAACACAUUGGAGAUUGCCAUGUACAGAAAGUUGGAGACAGAAUAUGGCAAUUGGACCUGGAGCCUCAGAAAAGCAAUGCUACACAUUGAAAACAAACUGCACAACAGAAUUGAGAAUGGCAUCCUAAACACUACAGAGGAACAAUUCCUUUUGGCAGAGAUGAAGCCCACAUAUAAGGAGGUUGAGAAAACAAUGGCACAAUAUUUUGAUGAACAUACAGACAAGGAAAUGCUGGUACAGUGGAGAGGAAGGUUUGAAUCCAAAAUAUGUGAUGUUCACAGUGACCUUGUGAAAGAGACACAAAAAAAGUUGAAUGACCUCAUUCAUCAAAAGACGACUUGUAAAAAGGUGGAUGAAAGGAAGGCAGAGUACCAAGAUACUCUCUUCAAAAAGAGCAAAGAUCUUGCUUUGAGUCUUAAACAGCUGGACAAAAGUGAAGAAGCUCUUAAGAAAGAAUUUGAUGAAAUGUGGGAAGGCUGGCUGCUGGAAUUGAAAUCAGAAGUACCUCGUGUGAAAGACUGCAACAUUUGGGAGGAUGUUAUGAGUAUGCUGAGUGAGGGCUUUGAGAAUUUUUUUUUGAAUGAUCAGUGGAGACAGGCUGACUUUAAAAACAUUACCUGUAAGGGUGACUAUUCUGGGUAUGUAAUGCCUGUAGAGCCUGAAUGUCAAGAGUCAGAACAAGCAAACAAGGGAAAAAAGUACAAUGCUUUCGUAACGUUUGUUGGAAAUACUUGGCAAAAUCUGUCAGGUUUGUUCAAGACACAUGAGACACAUGGUUUGACAGAUGAGCAGCAAGAAUCUAUAAAAGAUCUAACUCGAAACAUCCAUGGGGAAGCAAAAAGAAUAAUUGAAAAAUACUCAGAUCUGACAAUGGGCUACAAUAAGUCUUACAUUCAAGAGAUAGCAGCUUCAGUCACAGACAGUGUGCGUGAGUAUGAGCAGAGCUUGAUGCGGGGAGGUUUUACCUUCAAAAAGAUGUUCACAGUAGAUCUUUUACUGUUUGUGUGCGAUGUUGCAAGCAAAACAUUUUCUGAACUUCAUACAAAAUUCCAAAAAGCGAAUGAUGUCUUCAUCUACCUGGAGGGUCAGAGAGGUCAGUACUACAAGGUCUUUAUGGGUUUUUGUCAAGGGGCAAAAUCACAUGCAGUGCUUGGAGACUUCAUAUGCAGCAAACUGGAGCUGUCCAUCAAGCAGGCUAUGUAUGACCAAACGGCUAUUGAUUUAGCAGCUGAAAUGCAGUCUAAUUUUCCUGCAUUCAAUGGGAAUAGGCUGAACCUGGAAAGACACAUUCUCCUCUCUUUAGCAGAGGAGGAGAAUUUUGGCAAGUUCAUGCAAUACAUUGACAAUCCAAAGGAACACUUCAAGAGUUUCAUAACAGAGCAGGUUGAGAAGUAUAUGGUGACGGCAGAAAGUCCCAAACUUCUUUCAAAAAUUCAAGGAAACCUAAAACACAAGACCGAAUGUGCAAGAGAUGCAGCACAAUCAGCAACAGAGGAAGUCAAGAAAAAUUGUGGGGAUGCCAACAUGUGGCUGAAGCUUUUUUCUGAAGAACUAAAAGACGAGCUGAAAUUUGCCGAAAAGUCUUAUGUUGAUGCCUCUGAGAUCACUGAUUUUAAUUUUCUUGAAGAGGUGAUUUGUAACACACUAGACAUAAUAGUGCACCGACUCAAUGAAAGUUUCAGCCAACUGUCUCUCCUUAAAACUGAACAGUUUCGGAGAAGACCCGAUGAAAUUUUGAAUCAACAUUUCAGUAAGUGUUGCUGGGCCCAAUGUCCUUUCUGUAAAGCAAUCUGUACCAACACCCUGGAAGAUCAUCCCAAUGAUCACAGUGUCCCUUUCCAUCGCACAAAUGGAUUAGAUGGAUGGCAUUUCAGUGGUACAAGAACCCUAUGUGUAGAUUUCUGCACAACUGGUAUAGCAAGUGAUGAUAGUUUUUGUCCAUCUUCUGACAUUGAUGUGAAAUUUCCUCUGAAAGAAUAUAGAAAGGCUGGGCCAGAAUAUGCCAACUGGUCCAUCACUCCUGACCACUCUGAACUACCUUAUUGGAAGUGGUUCAUGUGUCGAUUUAAAGAUGACUUGGAAAAAUACUACAACAAAAGAUUCCAAGGACCUGGAAAAAUUCCUAAGGAGUGGAGGAAGUACACGAAAGAGCAAGCCAAGAAGAGCUUAGAUGUAUACAUGUUAUAAAAUUAUUCAAUUACAAAAUUAUUAAAUACCUUUCUCCAACUACCUUCAAACAAACAAAAGAGAGUUUCCAUGAGAGUUGGCUUACUUUUGAAAUCCAGUGGAUCUCCACAGAACUUGGUAAAUAUGCUAUUAAUAUUAAUGGUAUAACUGCUAGAUAAAUAAAUGAUAAAAAAGAUUUUACAAAAAAUGGAAUGACCUUCAAUCCGUGUUACAGUUGGAAGCAUUUUCUCUACAACACCAGGUUCAAAAGUGAGGAUUUCUUAAAAGAGUAUUUCACAUGUUUUAUCUAGAUAUGAUCCAUUUUCCAUUUAUAUCUUUACUAUGCUGUUUAUAGUAACUUUAUUAGAUUAUACUAUAUUUGUAAAUUUAAGCUGUAUUUUCUUUUAUCAAUUCUUUAUUUCUGGCUUUUAUUUAGUCUAAACAUUUGUAUUGCACGUUUAAUCAUUACUUCUGUAUGCAGGGUAGUUGAAUGAGACCUUGGUUUUCAGUGAGGUUCCCUUUGUAAAUAAAGCAAUGUAUUUCUAAUUGAUAUGAUUCUCAGCUACAUAUCUCAAAUGCUCAUUCAUUGAGCUGUUGAGGCUGUGAUGCAACAAUGAUCCUGAGAUUAUUAACCAUCUUAAAUAAUUAUCUGCCUAGUCUUUUUUCUCGAGUCAUUUCUCUAAUGCAACUUAAAUAAAAUGUGAAUAUGACUUA